AUGGACCUGAUCAAGAAUGCUGGACUAAUGAAGACAGUAAUAAAAUUCAACAAAUGUUAUGAAAAUCUGGUCAAGGAGUUUGUAGUGAACUUGUCUAAUGAUUGUGCUGAUGGAAGGUCAGCUGACUUUGAAAGUGUUUUUGUUAGAGGAAGAAGGGUCAAGUUCUCUCCAUCAGAAAUCAACAAGUUUCUUGGAAGAACAAAUGAGGAUUGUCCUGAUCUGGAGGCAACUGACAAUGAAGUUUGUCAAACCAUCACAGCCAGGCAAGUAAAGUGCUGGCCCUUGAAAGGCAAGCUGAAUGCCAGUAAACUCAGCAUGAAAUUUGCCAUCUUGCAUAAAAUAGGUGCAGCCAACUGGGUGCCUACAAAUCAUAAAUCAACUAUCUCCACAGGAUUGGGGAGAUUUAUUUAUGCUGUGGGAACCAAGACUGCUUUUGACUAUGGCAGGUACAUCUUUGAACAAACUUUAAAGCAUGCUGGUAGUUAUGCUGUCAAAGGACCAAUAGCCUUUCCCUCCCUCCUUUGUGGAAUCAUCCUUGCACAAUACCCUGAUAUCCUUGUGGCAAGAGAUACAGUCUGCAAAAGAGCUCCUGCCCUUGGCUUGCACUACAAACUGUUUCAGGGAUCUCAUGAUCCAGACAUUGUCAUAACAUCAGCUGAAACAUCGUCUGUGAAGACCCAGUCCAAGACAUCAGAUGUCAUAGCUGUUUUAAAAGAGACUUGCAAAGAGCUGGAUGCUAUGAAAAAGACCCUAGAAAUCCUAAUUGCCAGGCUAGAAAAGGAGGAAGCUGAAGAAAACAGAAGGGAAGAAGGUGUAGAAGCAACUAGCUCCUCUGAGUCUGAUGACAGUGCUUGA